AUGCUAGAGUGGGCGCUUGGUUUCGAUCUGCAAGAACACUUUGAACAAAACGAGGACAUGCGGACAGCCCGCGGCUUGGUCAUAAAACAUUGGAUCUUUGUCAACGAUAUUUUCUCCUUCCCUAAAGAGUUGGAGGCUGGCGAGAAGGUGAAUAGCGUCUGGAUUCUUAUGGGACAAGGGCUAUCGCUUCAGAGUACCCUGGACCGGCUUGCUGCAAUAACUGUGGAGACAGAAGCCCAGUUCAUCGCGACCCGUGAUAGAAUCCUUGACGGUCCGCUCGGAGACAACCCUGAGAUUGUUGCCUUUCUACUGGAAAUGGGUUACGCCAUUUCAGGAAAUCUUCGGUUCCAUCGUAAGACCUGCCGGUAUCAUGGUUUCACCCGCAAACUUCCUGACUCCGAUGCUGGCACUUUAACCCCUGAACCAACGAUAGUUUACCACAGGGAAACAGUUAAUGUACAUGUGGUGACGGUUUCAAUGUAA